GAUCCCACUGGUGUGUUUCCAGGCAGUACAGUAGGCAGAAAGAUUUAGGCGUAGGCUUUCCACAUGUAGGCAUUUUCUCACUCUAAGUGACACUAAGGAAGACUUGAAAUAGUGUGUUGUCACUAGUAUGGGCAGAAAUCCUUCAAACAGGCUACAAAAAUGCGUGGUUUUGCUUUAUUUCUCUUUUUCUGCACCCAGCCUUCCCCUUGGGGGCUUCAGCACUGACUGGGAUGGGCUCAGGCCAAAAGUUGAGACUAGAACUGAGAGAAUUUUUACUGUAGCCCCCAGUCACUGCUGCAAAUGAAUCUUGCCAGGUGCAAUUUCUGACUAAUUUUGAUGAGGAGAAUUAGAAAUUCUCAUGAAAUUGGCCUUUCCCAUACAGCUGUUCAAAUACAUUUCCUGGGAGUAUCUAUCUGCUCAAGCUGGCUUUUUGAUUCUUAUAAAAUAGUUGGUUUCAUCUAAAUAUUUCCAAGAGGAGGUCUUCAUCUAGUAUGAAGAAUAAACAGACAAAGCAUCCCACAUUAAAUCAGUCUCAGCUGGUGGACACUUCUGCCUCUGAGCUAUUGAUGUUCUGAGAAGGUGUUAGGAGAAGAACCCAUGUUGGAUUUGCAGGAGCUUUGAGGAGCUAAAGAAGCAGGUGGAGAAGCUAAUUUUUCUGCUGUUCUUUGUUCCUGUCAGUUUAGCAGCUGGACUGUACUUGCUCCCUGUAUUAUUCUUUCAUUUUUUCCAUGUUAAAGGGUCUGUUUUAGAAAUAAACUCAGUUUUACCUAUGGAUAGCCAAACACAAAACAGUCAACAUUGCCAUAGUGCUUAGCUACUGCUCUGAGACGUAGUGAUCUUCAUCAGUCCCUGUACUCCAUUCUUGGAGCAAUUCUUGAAUGAAGUCUUUACCUCGACACCUUGGUGGGAUGCCAGACACGGUGCUGUACUGCUCCCUUCAUGACCCGGUCACUCCCUGUCCAUCUGGCUACAACACCAACAAGACGGUGUCCUUGUGGGGAAGCUCGGGGCGUAUGGAAGUGACAGCUUCCAAGUUCAUGGACAUCCAGCGGGCCAUCCAGCCAGACUGGUUCCAGUGCAUCUCUGAUGGAGACACUAUUUCUGGUGAAGCUGGCAGAAAAAGAGCCAAGAAGUCUGUGGAUAGGUCACUUUCCUUCCUGGAUGUAUGUCUUCAGCUGCUAGAAAAAUCACCGGAACUACAAGGAAGUGUGAUGUUUGGGGCAAUUGAAGGUGGAGAUAUCUUGGAAGAGAGGCUCAGAUCAGCCAGGGAGACUGCCAAGCGACCGGUGGGUGGCUUUCUGCUAGACGGUUUUCAGGGAUGUGCCAUGGCCAAAGAGACCAAGUUGAAACUGAUAGCUUCUGUCACAGCAGAACUGCCAGAGGAUAAACCAAGAAUCAUCCAUGGCAUAGGCAAACCAGAUGAAGUGAUUGAGUGCAUUGAAAGGGGAGUGGACAUUUUUGAGAGCUUUUUUCCCUUCCAAGUGACAGAGCGAGGCUGUGCCCUGGUUUUCAGUUACGACUGCCGUUCAGAUCCUGAAGCAGCAGUUUUAAAACAAAAUGGGGCCCAGGACCUGGAGAAGGGCGGUGCUGAAGAAGACCAGGAUGAAAUUUCCAGAGCUGACCCAGAAAUGACACCAUUUGAGAUACCUCUGAAGGACAAAAGAUACCAAGAUGAUUUUGGUCCUUUGCUGGAAGGAUGCACCUGUUACUGUUGUCAGAGGCAUAGUCGCGCCUACGUCCAUCACCUCCUUGUGACCAAUGAGUUGUUGGCUGGUGUCCUGCUCAUGAUGCACAACUUCCAGCACUACUUCAGUUUCUUCAGUGCCAUACGGGAUGCCUUAAGAGACAAUAAACUGGAUCAUCUGAAGAAUCUUGUCUUCAGGCAGGCGCUUCAAGGCCCAGCAAAUGCGAAGCCAGACCAGUGAGUUCACAGAGGAGAGAGGAGGUUGCGGGCUACAUCCCUAUCCAGUGGGACUGUGUGAGGUGUACUGCCAGCAGGGUCCCCUGGACCGCUUAGUGGUAAAACGCCUGCCUUCCUGAAGGGAAUUGAAGGGACAUUUGAAGAUCAUCUCACUUCCUGGUGGGGAAGGAAGAUCUUAUUCAAAUGUCCCUUUCGGUUAAUUGGCUUGGUGCAUUUUUGGGGUAUGCAAGAGCCUGAACAGCGCGCGAGACCAGCAUGGAUAGCUUUUACAGUUACUGUUGGUUUUCCAUGUGGAAGGACUGAAUUACUGAACUUGCGGUUGAAGAAGCAGCAGGGCAUAUACUUAAAAUUAACCCAGCUGCCUGGAGGCUCAGCAGCUGUUUGGGACUCUCAUUCCGUACCCAACGGUUAUUACAGGUAAUUAUUUUUCUAGCAAAUCCUAGUGGUAUUGUUGUCCCAUCGUGGAGCUCCUUGAUGAGAGAUCCUGCCUCAGUCUUAACACACUCUUCCUUGUGGCUGUUGCCAGCAUCUGUCCCUGAAAAGAGCUGACUGGAAGAGCUGCUGUGUUUGGUGGCACAAGGGACUGGAUGUGUACUUCUCUCUUGGGCCACCUGCAGUGCAGGAUGUUCUCUGGGCCAGAAGGAGGCCCUUGGCCUCAGCCAGGCCUUGACAGCCCUUGCCUCAGGGGUGCUAGUCUGUGACAUUAGAGCCAGAAAGAAGAGAAAGUGUUUAAUCCAUGUCCUGCUAUAGAGUUGUUUUUUGUUUUUUUUUUUUACUCUGUACCCUUUCACCUGUAUGGACUAAGAUUUCACUCCUGCGCUAGCAUGUGGAUGAUAAUGAAAGUACCACUCCUUGCAGCUGUCCCAGCACUGAUCAAAUACCAGGCUACACAAACAUCCGCGUGGGAUGGAGCUGUGGAAGAGAUGUAUUGCAGGAAAAGGUGUUUGGAUUCUUGUGGUUCCCUGUUUUAAAAUAUGACUUAGUUACGUCAUGUUCCUCUUACUCGGCUUUUUUCUUAACGCCUCUUGCUUUGGAAUCCUGGAUUGAUUCAUUUUAUGUUACAAAGCAACAAUUAAAAUUGUUUUUCUAAUUA